CAACUUCCUUUUAGCUACACUUUGACAGCGGUUUAGCCGUCGUACGUUUUCAAUGCGGAAUUAAAUCGUUAAUAUACACUGACAAUAUGUUGGAGAAAACUUUUGGCUAUGUGACAAAUACGCGCAUUUUUUCAAAGCUGUUUCUUAUUUUUGUGAAUCUGCAUUUUGUGACUAAAGGCUGUUUACGUUCUAAAGUUGUCGAAAAGAAUGUCUCAAAGUGUCGGAAUUCCAAAAAGCGAAGAAAAUUUCAAAUUGAAAAUGGUGUAAUAUUACUUCUUUUGAUUUUUAUUGGCAAAACUGUUUGUCUAGUAUCAUUUGUGGGAUAUGCGCUAAAACAUGAACCAGACUCAGUUUUCUGGGAAAGAAUUAAAGAAUUUCCAGUGCCUUGUGAUGAUCUCUCUUUGAGUGCGGACGAAGAUUUUCUAACGUUUGAUGCCAGAAAUGGUGAUUUGAGAACUUUUAUAGAUGAAGAAGGAAAAUAUAUAUGCAACAAAAGGAACAUCUCAGAAACGAUUAAAACGGUCGUUGAAAGAGAAGCCAGAUAUCGACUAGCAAAAGGUUUAGAUGAGCAAUAUCUUUCCUGCGGAAAUAAAAGUUUAGCAGAGAAAUCUGGAUAUAGGACAGUGUCUUUCACGGAAAUGUCAAAACAUCAGAAUUAUUCAGGUGAAAGUUCUGAUAUAAAACUUCAAUGGAAUAAUCGUCCAGGAAAAUGUCAUAUUGACAUUUCAGUCCAUUACGAUAAUGGGGAGGUGACCAUACCAGAAGGACGGACAUACUUUGUGUACGCAUCUGUACAUUUCAACAUAAGUCGACAGGAAAAUAUUGGGAUCAAGAAGUUUGCAAGACCGCAAAGAAUAUCAAUUCGAAUUUGCAAGAGCGUUUAUGGAUAUGAGCGAACACUACUUGGAAGAACACAGUUGUUCAAUAUGACCAACACUGAAAACGUUGUGUCAAGUUUAAGUAUCGGUAGUCAUUUGGAAUUGUCACGAGAUGAUAGAAUUUACGUGCGUGUGAGUGAUGCAAAUAAGAUAAUACAUGACUCAAAGGGCAAUACCUUUGGACUCUUUCCACUGUAGAUUUGAAAUGAAAAAAAGCUUUCAACUUCAUCAAAUUGCUUUGUUUCAGAUUUGCAUUCAUGUUGAAACUACGUCAAUAUACGCCAAACUACACCAUUUGAGGAAUGCUCGCGAACACUUUUCUGGUGAUAGGCGGUGAGGCAUCUUAGAAAAAAUGCCUUUCUAGACUAAAAUCCUUAAUCCGUCCCUACUUAGGUUGAAAAUAUAAAUGUUUGUUGUGUGAAGACAUAUUUGUCAGUUUCUGUAUUCUGAGUAGAGGAAAAAAGAAUCUCCCUGACUGCAUAGAUGCUUCCACGUUUUCAUAUAAAUAACCAGCCAUUAAUAGCAGUAGUGUUAUGAUUUUCUCGACUGAUAAGGUUUUACGUAAUAAUUAUAUAUUGUUAGUUUCUCGCACAAUAAUUGGAAUUUUAUCUAACCAAUUAAGUCUAGCAAAAACCACUUCCCCCACUGACACUUUUUCAAUGACUGUUGAAAAUGAGGUCAGGAACACAAGGAAGUAUGAGCUGUUAAAAUACUCGCAAGAUUACUUAACUGAAUACAAGGUUAGCUUUUUAAAUCUCGCACGAUUCACUUCUUUGUCUUAACUGGAUACAUGGUUAGCUUUUUAAAAUACUCGCACGAUUACCUUCUUUGUCUUAACUGGAUACAUGGUUAGCAUUUUAAAAUACUCACACGAUUUACUUCUUUGUCUUAACUGGAUACAUGAUUAGCAUUUUAAAAUACUCGCAAGAUUACUUAACUGAAUACAAGGUUAGCUUUUUAAAUACUCGCACGAUUUACUUCUUUGUCUUAACUGGAUACAUGGUUAGCAUUUUAAAAUACUCGCACGAUUUACAUAUUUGUCUUAGCUGGAUACAUUGUUAGCAUUUUGAAAUACUCGCACGAUGUACUUAUUUGUCUUAGCUGGAUACAAGGUUAGCAUUUUGAAAUACUCGCACGAUGUACUUAUUUCUCUUAGCUGGAUACAAGGUUAGCAUUUUGAAAUACUCGCACGAUGUACUUAUUUGUCUUAGCUGGAUACAUGGUUAGCAUUUUGAAAUACUCGCACGAUGUACUUCUUUGUCUUAGCUGGAUACAAGGUUAGCUUUUUGUAUAAGCCAGUCAAUGCUAAUGCUCAAUAUAACUGAGAUAGAAAGAUUUGUGAAGUAUAUGUACUGGUACCAUCACCCAGUUCGAAAAAAGGAAACAACGUUCAUUUAAAAGGAGUCUCUUUUAGUUUACGUAAUGAUAUAGCUGGUUCUGAGCUUGACAUUUCAUUUGCAAUUGCUCGCACAGAAUGCAAGGAAAAAUAACCUCCAUCAAACUCGAAAGCUUUGGGACUGGCUUGAAGAAGGGCAGCGAUAAGAAAUAAGAGGCGCAGUCCCGUUAAAACGGAACCAAACAACAGUGUAUUUAUGCACAAGACCCUGACAGAUAUAAGUACACGUUGACAAAGCUCAACAUACAGAAAUAGCGAACAAAUACUGGAACACAGUGUAUACCGCAUUCAAAUUGUCAGUGGCAACAAACAACAAUGGGUAGUUUGUUAUAUUUACCUGUGCACUUUAUCUGAAACACGAAUAGAAAUCUUAAUUAAUCUAAAUUACAAACAGAAAUCUGAAUUUAAUUAUGUGCGUUUUUAACGCUUUUGAUCGUUACCUUAGAUAUGAAAUAUAAGUUUUAUGUUUUUAAUGCUUUUGCUUGGCCUAAGAUAUAUGUUUGAACGAUCUAAACUGUAAAAAGCACAAUCACUGGCAUAUUUCUUACAAAAGGACAUCAUGAUUGUUUUAAAUGCUACUCUACAUAUAAUCAAAUUUUAAAAGAAAAUUGAACCGAACUUUUUUUGGUGUGUGUGUGGGGAUUGGGGGAAGUAACAUAAGACUAGUUGCACUAUUGUCGCUUGAACAGGGAAAUUAAAAACAACUGAGCGUUAUGUUAUAAACUACUCGUAAGAUUUACUUCAUUGUCUUAACUUAUUACAAGGUUAGUUUUUUUGCGACCUGUUUAAUGUUCAACAUAACUGAGACAGAAAGAUGUGUGAAAUAUAUGUACUGGUAUACCAUCACCCAGUUACGCAAAAAGGUGAAGCAACGUUUAUUUAGAAAGAGUCUCUUUGAUGUAAAAUACAGCCUCCAGCAAACUCGAAAACUUGAGGGUGUUUCUUCCAAAACAACAAUGGGAGAUUGGUUACCUGAGUGUGUACUUAACCUGAAAUACGAAUACUUUCGACAAAUGAACAGAAAUCUUAAUUUAUCUAGGUGCAUUUUUCAACGCCUUUGAUCGUUACUUUUGACAUGAAUUAUUAGUUUUAUGUUUUAAAUGCUUUUGCUUGGCGGAAAAUGUGUGUUUGAAAGAUCUAAACUGUAAAAAUCACUGGCACUGGCACAUUUCUUACCGUAAACGACAUCAUGAUUUUUUAAAUGGUACUCGUCGUAUGUUCAGAUUUUAGAAGAAAAUUGAAGCGAACUACUAGUAACAGAGUAGGAGUAACAUAAGACCAAUUGCACUAUUGUCGCUUGCACAGGGAAAUUAAAAAAAUGUGCAUUAUACAUGUCAUUGACGAGAAAGUUUUAAGUUUAUUUAUUUUAUUUUAGAAUUUCAUGUUCAACUUGGUAGAUUUGUCCCAGGUACCUCUCAGAAAAAAAGUUCAAACAUUGGCGGAUUCAAACACAGCAUUCUUCUUUAAGUCAGCCGCAUAGCUACAUUCAUAAGCUUGGUUUCAAACACAUAACAGCGAGGGGCAGUAAUUUGAAGACAGCUUUCACACCAGUAUUAUGCUCUAAAUAUUGAUAAUGACAUCGUUCUAAAUAUGGUUUCAAUUUUGAGAUUUACAUUUUACAAUUUUCAGUUGUCGGGUGCAAUCCAAAACAUAUAACUUUGUUAGUCUGGGUUACCUGCCCGUGUAACUUUGUUACCGGCGCUAUGCAGUAGUACGCCUGGAACAAGACGAGUUCUUUGUUGUACAUUUCUGACAAACAGAUCUGCGUAGCUUUGA